ACGGGUGGGAAGCAAUUGUUUGUGCCCACAACACUCGAUCAGAGGCAUCCAAGAUGGUGGACGCCCCAGGCCUAGCUACACGUGGCCUGCAGCAACAAAAGCAUGAUUUUGCGGGGCCCAGUACGGCAGCAAUGGACCCCCUGGAAGUUUUCUUUGAGAGAUAUUGGGCUCAGCGGCUGGAAUGCACGAGACAAGCUACAUCUAUUCAUAAGCCACUGCAAAGGGAGGAGGCUCACAUGCCCACUGACACAGCUUAA